CAUCUAAUCAGAUGUCUACUUCUACAGCCACCGUCUAACUACAUCGAGACACGGAACUCAAACCGAUAAACCGUCUUCAUCAUGGACAGCUCUCUGCUAAGUUCAGACGCAAACAGAGUCAAUGCAGCCGAACUCAACGCCAAAGUAAACGCAGCAGUACUCAAAUCCGGCUCCGACUGGGAUGACCUCCCCGAAGGCCAUGUUCUCUUGAGAUUCUCAGCCGAGCUCGGCGACAUCAUCAAGGAAGCUGGGUAUAGCGAGAUGUAUGGCAUUGAGCUAUCAGCACCUACUGCAGAAGGACAACCAGCCCCCUUCCACACCCUCCUCAUCCUCCAAAAAUUCCUCCGCGCAAAUGCAGGACAGGUCAAUGCAGCAAGCUCCCAACUCCUCGGUGCUCUGAAAUGGCGUAAAGAGUUCAAGCCCCUAGAAGUCAAGAAACAAGUCUUUGACAAGACCAAAUUUCAAGGCUUGGGAUAUGUCACCAGAUUGAAGGGUGUUCCCGAGAGCGUCAACGAGGAAGAUGUCGCUACAUUUAACAUCUACGGCGCUGUAAAGGAUACAAAAAAGACCUUUGGGUCGCUGGAUGAAUUCAUUCGCUGGCGCGUCGCCCUCAUGGAACUAACCCUGGAAUAUCUGCAACUCUCUUCUGCCACACAACCCAUCCCAGAUUACGGAAAGGGAUCCGACCCCUACCAAGCUCUGCAAAUCCACGACUACCUACGCGUCUCCUUCCUCCGCCAACCCCCCGAAGUGAAAGCCGCUUCCCAAAAAGCCAUCCAGUUGUUCUCCGCCCAAUACCCGGAAACCCUGUCCAAAAAGUAUUUUGUCAAUGUGCCCUUGGUCAUGCAGUGGAUGUUUGGGGCCAUGCAGGUUUUCAUGGCAAAGGAGACGGUGAGGAAAAUGCAGUGGAUGAGUUAUGGGGAGGAGUUGCAUAAGUAUCUUGGUGCUUCCGUGGGGAAGGAAUAUGGUGGGCAGGGACCGGAGCUUGAGGAAAAUAGUGUUACGCCUAAAUAUGAGGGGGAGAGUGUGGAUGUGGAUAUGGAUGUGAACAAGGCUGCUAGGGAGAAGGAGAUGGGUGUUUGA